AUGUCAGAUGAACGUGAUGCAAAUCUAAGGACAGCAUUUGGUCUCUUGGACAGGAAUAGAGAUGGACACGUUACGGCAGGAGAACUACAAUUCAUGCUUCAAAACUUGGGAAUCCACCUCAAGGAUGAAUUUGUGCAACAGCUCCUUCAAGCUGCCAGUCAUACAGAGGACGGUCUCAUAAAUGAAACUGAAUUCCUACAAUGGGUGGGAAGAAUCCAAGACCUACAAGACAAAGGAAAUAGUGAAGAUCCUGAUGAAAUCACAAAGGAUUUGAUUGCUGCAUUCAGAGUGUUCGAUCGUGAUGGUAAUGGUUAUAUUACCAAGGAUGAACUGAAGACUGCAAUGGACAUGAUAGGUGAAAGUGUAACAGAAGGAGAUCUCAAUGAAAUGCUGUCUAUGGCUGAUAUUGAUCGAGAUGGAAGAAUAAAUUAUGAAGAGUUUGCCAGGUUGCUUUUGUAAGAGGAACACAAGCCUUCCUAAUAAUAUUAGUAAUUAAAGUACCACAAUAUCAGAAACUGUGCAGUAUAAGCUAAAUGUGCUUUGUUGAAACAUAUCUUGUGUUCACAAUAAAGACCCUUAUUUUGAUUGAUUACUAGACUUUCAGCAUGUCACGCGACAGCUCAUUUUUGAGACUGCACAUUAUUUUUGUUAAUGAUAUUGGACAAUUGUAUAUAUUUUUCUAAUAGGUUUCUUAAGUUAAAAAUGUUUGUCAUGUACAUAGUGCAUGAUGUCUGGCCUUAACCGUGAUAUAUGUCGAGAUGUUUACUAGCUGCAGUGUUUUAACAAAUGUAUUUUGUUAAUGGGUUUAUGAGUAAUUAAAUUACUCACUGUUAUUGUUAUUGAAAUUUGUACAAAUUACUUUAAUAAAUUGUGAGUACAAUAAAAUGUAAAUCUGUUGUAUCCAGAAUGUGUCCUUAUUGUUGGAUAAUGUAAUCAAAAACCAAUGAAUAAGUAAUAAAUACUAAACUAGACAGAAAAAUUAUACAACAAAUAAUUUUUUUAUCACUAGGGAUGAUAGAAGUAGUACAUUUUUUAAACUUGUACUUACUAUACGAUGUACAAGAAAUAUUUACAAUUUCAAAAAACAAUUAUGAAUGACUAACAAAGAAUCUGCUAAUAUUCUUAUAAGUGCAUCAAUUAAAUUUAUUAUCAAAUUAGAACAAGGAAAACAUUUAUUAAUAUGCUGUAAAUAAUUAGUCUAAGUAAUUUACAUUCCAACAAUAAUUAUAAGGAAUAUAGUACAUGACAUGACUUAAUAAACCUACGAAUUUUACUCUGCUUUAUGGAUUACUUAGCAAAUAAAUAAAGCAUCAAUAAUCUUA